AUGAAAAAUGUAAUUAAAAAUAUUGUAUUAUAUAUAUUUUGUUUUAUACAGCAUACAAAAUAUAUAUGCAAUACGUAUAAUAUUGAUAAUACAAUAAUAAAAAAAACAAAAUUCAGUGAUACUCUAGGAAGUACAGUUAAAAAACUAAAUAAACUCAAUAAAGAAAGUUACCAAAAUUAUGAAGAAUGUAAAUAUAAAAGAAUACCAAAAAUUUUAAUAGAAAAAAAUGUAUUUAAAGAUAAAAAAAUAAAAUAUAUAGUAGGUAUAGAAAAUACCUGUGAUGAUACUUGCGUAUGUGUAAUUGAUUCAAAUCUUAAUAUAAUUAGAAAUGUUAUUAUUUCACAUUUUAAAAUAGUUCAUAAAUAUAAAGGUGUUUAUCCUUUUUUUAUUAGUUCUAUUAAUAAUAUAUUUUUAAAACAUUAUGUGGAGAAAAUUUUACAUAAUAUUAAUAAAAAGAAAGUUAGUUGUUAUGCUUUAAGUGUAUGCCCAGGAAUACCAAUGAAUAUGGAAGCAGCGAAAAAUUAUAUAGGAGAAAUAAAUAAAGAAAAUAAGAUUAUAAAAAUAAGUUCAGUAAAUCAUAUAUUUGCACAUAUUCUAUCUCCAUUAUUUUUUCCUUUUUACACGGAUAUAAAUACUUACACAAAUUGUUAUGAGUACAAAAAAUAUAACAUAGAUAAAAUAGAAAAUGAAAGUUUGAUUGACAUUAAUAUGUCAGAUAUUAUAAAAAAUGAUGAUGAAAAGAAAGAAAGGAUUAAGGAAAUUUUAGAAGUUUUAAAUAAAAAUAUUGUACAUAAACAAAAAUCAAUUAAUUUGAAUGAACAAGAAUUUUUAAAUUAUGCAUCUUAUAUUCUCAAAAGAAAAAGAAAAAAAGAAGAUAAGGAAAACAUAAAUGGAAAAGAGGAAAAUGAAAAUUUAAAUAAAUUUCCAGUUGGAUAUUUGAAAGACGGAUAUAUUUGCGUUUUGGUUUCAGGAGGUAGUACAGAAGUUUACAAGAUUCAAAAAAAUAAAAAAAAUGAUAUACACGUGAGCAAAAUUUCAAAGACUGUUGACAUAUCUAUUGGAGAUAUAAUAGAUAAAAUAUCUCGAGAACUUGAACUUCCUGUAGGUUUAGGAGGAGGUCCUUUUCUUGAAAUGAAAGCAAAAGAAUUUAUUAAAAAAUUAAAAAGAAAAAGAUUAAAUGAAGAAAAUUAUAGUGACCCUUUUCAACCGUUUCCAACUCCAUUUUCAUCUAAUAAUAUAAUAAAUUUUUCAUUUUCUGGAAUUUUUAACCAUAUAAGUAAGAUUAUAAAAAACUUAAGGAAAGAAAAAUCAUUUGAAAUGGAGAAAGAUAGAUAUGCUUAUUAUUGCCAAAAAAACAUUUUCAGUCAUUUAUUAAAACAACUGAAUAAAAUUAUGUAUUUUUCUGAACUUCAUUUCAAUAUAAAAAAUUUAUGCAUAGUAGGAGGUGUUGGUUGUAAUAAUUUUUUAUAUCAAAGUUUAAAAGAUAUAGCUUUGAAUAGAGAUAAAAUAGAAUGUCAGAUAAAAGAAUAUAAUAAAUUAAAAAAAAGGUUAAAAAAAAAAAUAAAAAUAAUUGAUAAGGAAAAUUUUGAAACAUCAAAUAUAUCAGAGAAUAACCAUGAAAAAGAAAAUGAAUUAAAUUCUUUUUUAAUAUGGAAAAUUUAUUUGAAAUACCUUUUAAAAAAAAAAAAAAAAGAAGAUAUUUUAUCAGCAUUAAAAUCCUUUAACUUUGAAGAUUUUACGAAUCUCAAGAGGAAUGGGCAUUUUUUUUUAGAAGAUUCCACUUUUUUAAAUAAUUCAACUUCUUGGAAGAUAUAUAAAACACCAUCAAAUCUUAGUAGAGAUAAUGCCGCUAUGAUAUGUUUUAACGCUUUUUUAAAUUUACAUAAUAAAAUUAAUAUACAUGAGGACACUUCCGAAGUUAAAAUUAAACCAGUAGUUACAACAAAACUAGAGAAUAAUUUUCUUCUUUUAUCUGAUAUAAUUAUUUUUGAUGUGUAUAUAGAACAUUUAAAUAAUAAAAAAGUGUAUUAG